AUGUUCUUGAAGCUCCUGCCGCUUUUGGCCACUGGAUUUGUGGGAUGCUAUGGUGUCGAUGGUGUCGGAACCGACCUGUGGACCAACUUUCUCAUCUUUGAUCAUCACUACCUGCCGAUGGCAAAGUGCUGGUUUCAAUGGUUUAAGAAGAGCGCCUCCGCUCGCCCACUGCAAGUUGGUUGCAUGGACGGCCCUUCUUGUGCAGAAGCGGAGCUUUGGCGACAGAGCUUGCAGAACAAGGUUGGAGGAAUGAACAUCACAAACGUUCUCAACCCCAGUCAAGUUGAGCAGACCUGGGUAGAUAUGUCAAUUUCGACGGAAGGGGAGAUGAAGCUUGUGCAGCCACAUCCUGGCCACAGGCAGAUGAUCCGAAGUGAGGUUUCAACUGGUUCGGAUUUUCCCAGAGGCAACUACAUUCAAAUGUAUCACAAGAUGCUCUGGGACUCACUGAGCCAGAAGAAUGCUGUUCUGCAUCUUGACGUUGACGCUCUGUGGUUGCGGAGUCCUGAUUCGAGCCUGGCCCGGGUGCUGGAGCAGUUCCCAGAUGCUGACAUAAUUUCAUCUUCCAGUACGGAGUGGGACCCAAAGAAGAUUUCAGACAAAUGGGGUUUCGUCUUGAAUGUUGGCUUUAUCAUGUACAGAAACACUGAAAGGGUACGGGAGCUUUUCGAAGAUGAUCUCUUGUCGGUCCCGACGGAAAAGCAGUCUUGUCAGGUACUUCUGAACUUUGCAUUGGACCGCAGGGGCUGCCAAUGGAGUGGAAGCAGCCUUGAAAACCGGGUCGGGAUCUGUGGCGGAAUCAAAGUCAUCGCCCUUCCACAAACUUUCGUCUCGAGAGCAACUGAUUUGGUGUACAACCCAGAAGAUCCUACAAUGCCAAUCAUUGCCCAUCCGGACACUGGGCUCUUGCAUCUCACUGGCAUAAAUAGGAUGGAGAAGUUUCGCAAGAUGGGUUUAUGUACAUAG